AUGGAUGAGAACGAUCCUCCAAAGGAAACUGAAGGAACAAUUAGAGAGGGAAGAGAACCAGGAGAAGACAGUCAUGAAGACAAGAUUUCAAGAAGAAUAGCAGGAUUGAGUGUGUUGAAGGGGGAUGCGGAGAAAGAACAAGAAAUUCAAGAAGAGGAACAUUUGAUGGAAGAAAAGAAAAAGAAAAAGCAGGAAGAAAAGAAAAAGAAGGAAGGUGCUCAGAAAAAGGCUGCUGAACAAAAAACCAAAGUGCCAGAACCUAUUAAGACCAGUUUAAGCCAGCCCCAGCCUGCCGGUACCGGUACCAGUACUUCCACCAGCACUAUUACCAACAGCAGCAAUGGCAAGCGUGCAUCUGCUAAUGGGCAGCAGCCAGCUGCAUCCCGUUACCUGCCUCGUGAGGUGCCUCCACGCUUCCGCCAGCAAGAACAGAAGCAGCUCUUAAAGAGAGGUCAGCCACUGCCUACCGGGACUCUGACUGGCGCAAGCCCACCACAAGGUACUGGACAAGCAGGGGCAAGUCCUCCUCCACAGCCAGGAGCAGGUGGACAGCAUCAUCCCAGUAAGACCCAAACCCAAACAGCAGGCUGGGGAGAAAUGCCUACUGUCCACGCAAAGACUGAAUCUUCUUGGGGAGAGCCUUCAUCCCCUUCUGCUGCAGUUGAUAAUGGCACUUCAGCAUGGGGGAAACCCCCCAGCAGUGGUACAGGGUGGGGAGAUAAUUCUGCCGAGUCAGCAGGGACCUAUGGAAGAGCGAAUGCUCCAGCUGCUGCCCCAGCACUGUGCAAGCCAGCUUCUAAAUCUAUGCAAGAAGGCUGGGGCAGUGGUGGGGAUGAAGUGAACCUCAGUACUAGUCAGUGGGAAGAUGAAGAAGGAGAUAUGUGGAAUAAUACUGCUUCACAAGAGAGUAACUCCUCCUGUAAUUCAUGGGGGAAUGCCCCAAAGAAAGGACUUCAAAAGGGCAUGAAGACAUCUAGUAAGCAAGAUGAGGCCUGGAUCAUGAACCGUCUGAUAAAACAGCUCACAGACAUGGGCUUCCCAAGAGAGCCAGCAGAAGAGGCCUUGAAGAGCAACAAUAUGAAUCUCGAUCAGGCCAUGAGUGCUCUGCUGGAAAAGAAGGUGGAAAUGGACAAGCGUGGAAUGGGAGUGACCGACUAUAAUGGAAUGGUCACCAAACCCCUUGGCUGCCGCCCACCAUCAAUCUCCAAAGAGUCUUCCAUGGACCGCCCCACCUUCCUCGACAAGGAUGGCGGCCUAGUGGAAGAGCCCACUACUUCACCAUUUUUGCCUUCUCCAAGCCUGAAGCUCCCCCUUUCAAACAGUGCACUCCCUAAUCAGACCCUGGGCGGGAUUGCCUCAGGGCUGGGCAUGCAAAACUUGAAUUCUUCUAGACAGAUACCGAGUGGCAAUCUGGGUAUGUUUGGCAAUAGCGGAGCAGCACAAGCCAGGACCAUGCAACAGCCGCAGCAACCGCCAGUGCAACCUCUUAACUCAUCCCAGCCUAGUCUUCGUGCUCAAGUGCCUCAGUUUCUAUCCCCUCAGGUUCAAGCACAGCUUUUGCAGUUUGCAGCAAAAAACAUUGGUCUCAACCCUGCACUAUUAACCUCGCCAAUUAAUCCUCAGCAUAUGACGAUGUUGAACCAGCUCUAUCAGCUGCAGCUGGCGUACCAACGUUUACAAAUCCAGCAACAGAUGUUACAGGCUCAGCGUAAUGUUUCCGGACCUAUGAGACAACAGGAGCAGCAAGUUGCACGUACAAUCAAUAACAUGCAGCAGCAGAUCCAGCAGCACCAGCGCCAGCUGGCCCAGGCCCUGCUUAUGAAGCAGCAGCCUCCCCCUCCACAUCUAUCUUUGCACCCCUCUGCAGGCAAAUCAGCCAUGGAUAGCUUUUCACCCCAUCCCCAGGCUCCCGGCCUACCUGACCUGCAGACCAAAGAGCAACAGUCUUCACCGAACACCUUUGCUCCUUACCCUCUUGCUGGACUGAAUCCGAACAUGAAUGUAAACAGCAUGGACAUUACUGGUGGUUUGUCAGUGAAGGAUACUUCUCAGUCUCAGUCUCGCCUUCCUCAGUGGACACACCCCAACUCAAUGGAUAAUCUAUCUAGUGCUGCUUCUUCACUUGACCAGAAUUCUAGCAAGCACGGUGCUAUUCCUGGAGGUCUAAGUAUUGGUCCUCCAGGAAAGUCCUCCAUUGAUGACUCUUAUGGACGGUACGAUCUGAUCCAAAACAGCGAUUCACCAGCCAGUCCACCUGUAGCUGUUCCUCACAGCUGGUCACGUGCCAAAACUGAUAGUGAUAAAAUCUCCAAUGGUUCCAGUAUUAACUGGCCACCAGAAUUUCAUCCUGGAGUGCCGUGGAAAGGACUGCAGAAUAUUGACCCUGAGAAUGACCCAGAUGUCACUCCUGGAAGCGUUCCGACUGGGCCUACCAUUAAUACCACCAUACAAGAUGUUAAUCGCUAUCUUCUCAAGAGUGGAGAUUCUGAAUACAUAGAAGGAACUGAGGGACAGUUAUGGCUGAGGAUCCCUUCCAUGCCUUCAGGUCUUGAAGGUUCAAUUCUGCAUGGAAGCAUUGUGCAACCCCAGCUGCUUUCGAGAGGGUUCCGACUCAAUGGCAAGAGAGCAUGGUCAUCCCCAACAUCAUCUCAGAAUGCCACGCUGCCUUCAUCGAGUGCCUGGCCGCUUAGUGCCUCCGGCUACAGUAGCUCUUUCAGCAGCAUUGCAUCCGCACCUAGCAUUGCAGGUAAAUUGUCAGACAUCAAGUCUACAUGGUCCUCUGGCCCAAUCUCUCACACACAAGCCUCUCUAUCCCAUGAACUAUGGAAGGUACCCAGAAACACUACUGCUCCUACGAGACCACCUCCAGGUUUAACAAACACCAAGCCAUCAUCUACCUGGGGUGCCAGCCCACUGGGUUGGACCAGCUCUUAUUCCUCUGGUUCUGCCUGGAGUACUGACAGCUCAGGAAGAACAAGCAGCUGGCUGGUUCUGCGUAACCUCACACCCCAGAUUGAUGGUUCUACACUGCGGACACUGUGUUUGCAACAUGGCCCUCUAAUUACAUUCCACCUGAACCUGACACAAGGGAAUGCUGUGGUCCGCUACAGUUCCAAGGAAGAAGCAGCCAAGGCCCAGAAGUCUCUGCAUAUGUGUGUUUUGGGAAACACUACCAUCUUGGCUGAGUUUGCUGGUGAAGAAGAAGUAAACCGUUUCUUAGCACAAGGCCAGCCCCUGCCACCCACCUCCAGUUGGCAGUCCAACACUGGAACCAAUCAGACUCGUAUGGGCUCCACGAGCAGCUCUCAUGGAUUGGUGCGGAAUGAUGCAGGCCACUGGAAUACUCCCUGCCUGGCUGGCAAAGGGAGCAGCGAUUUGCUCUGGGGUGGGGUCCCUCAGUACUCAAGCAGCCUUUGGGGGCCCCCCAGCACCGAUGAUGGCAGGGUUAUUGGCAGCCCAACACCUUUGAAUACUCUGCUCCCAGGUGAUCUUCUCAGUGGGGAGUCCAUCUAGGAAAGAGAGAAACAAAGUG